AUGGCUGAACAACAUCUCGAGGAAAGACUUGGCAAUGGAGAAACUGACUCAGUGUUAACUUCACUUCGAUCACAAGAAACUAGUCCCCAGUCUCCAGUUAUGUCGAAAAAAUCCUCAAAUGUGGAACAGAAACAAAAAGAGGCAAAGGAGGCUAGUGAAAGGGUAAUCCAAAUGGAAAACGAACUGCGAGUAAAGGAGCUAGAGAUCCAAAAGCUGACCGCUGAGCUUCAGCUGACAAAACAGCGAACCGAUGAUGCAAGGAAAGUUGCUGCUCUCAACAAAUCCCGGGCUGAAGAAGCAGAACGAAGAUCGCAAGUAUCGGAUAAUGAUACAGUACAGAACUUCCUUAUUAACCGUCACUGA